AUGCCGCCCCUCUCUGCCAGGGCCAAUCGAGAGCUGGACUUGGGACGAGAGACGCGGGUGCCAGGGAGGUUGAGGGGUCGGCGGGUGCGUUUCCAGGAUGGGGGGGCCGAGCGGUCGACGUCACCUGGCGGGAGCGGCGACGCUCUCGCCCACCGCUUCGGUCUUGUUUCCCUGCAGGACAAGGCAACGCUCCUGUCGACUCUAACCACUCGCAGCAUCGUCGAUGGGGGGAGGAAGGAGAUCCCGAGUUCAGCCGGAGGACGUGAUGGAGCGGAGCCGGGGGGGCGAGAGCGGGAGGGCACGAAAACAGAAGGACUGCGUGAAGAAGUCCCAUUUGCGUGCGCCACCUUGCUUGCCUCCCGCGAGGACAUUGAUCGCGCGAUGAGGGAUUUAGAUCCCCCGGAAGUGGCACCGGACUUGCCACAGUGCUAUGCGAGCGACUUGCGCGUACCCAAAACGUAUAGGGAGGCUGUGUCCUCUCAACAUGCUGACUUGUGGAUACACUCUGUAGAGAAGGAGUUCAGAGGCCUGAUGGAGGCUGAUUGUGGAGAGACGUAUGCACCGACUGUAGCGGUUUCUAGCGUUCGCUUGUUGGCAGCGAUGGCGUGUGAGCAAAAUCUUUCUCUCCGUCAUUUUGACAUCAAGCAGGCAUUUGUCCAGUCGGAUUUGGAUGAGGAUGUUUUUAUGCGUCUGCCAGAGGGGUGUGGUAGAUUAUCAGGUAUGAUCGUGAAGUUGAACAAGAGUCUAUAUGGCCUUAAGCAGGCAUCAAGGCAGUGGCACUCACACUUGGCGAGGUGUUUGAUUUGUUUGGGUUUUAUUCAGUGUAUGGCGGAUACGUGUGUGUUUCGGUUGAUUGAGGAGGGAAGAGUGGUAGUGACUCUGGUGGUACAUGUAGAUGAUAUAUUUUCGAUAGGAGAGGAGGAGAGGUGUGACCAGUUUGGCAGGGACCUCAACACCAUGGUACCUGUGAAGAAUCUUGGGGAUUUGAGAUGGUACUCUGGAUGUUUUUAUGAGAGAGAUUGGGAUGCAGGAACUUUGAAGAUCUCGCAGCAGACGUACGCUGAAGAGUUGGGGAUGGAGUUUGGGGUAGAGUACGGGAAGGAAAUUCCUCUUCCUGUAGGGUUGAAGCUUUCAGAGUUUGACCAGGAUGAGGAAGUGGUAUCAUGGCCUUUUCGUGAGCUGAUAGGAUCAUUGAUGUGGCUGGCAACGCAAACGAGGCCAGAUAUCGCGAAUGCAGUAAGAGCGGUGGCACGGUACUGUGCCUCUCCAAAAGAGAUUCAUUGGAGAGCAGGGCUUGGUAUUUUGGGGUAUGUGGUAAGGACUAGUGACUUGGGUAUUACAUUCAGGAGGGGUAGUGUAGCAGGAUUAAGCAUGGAGGUGUUCGUAGACGCAGACUAUGCAAGUAAGGCUGCCGAUAGGAGGUCUGUGUCAGGGGGAUUGGUGAUGUGUGGGGGGGGAUGUAUUUCUUGGUUUUCAAGGACCCAGAAGUGCGUUACGUUGAGCACGACAGAGGCGGAGUAUGUCUCUCUUGCGGAUGUGAUGAAGGAAGUGUUGUUUCUGAGGCAGGUGUGGCGUUUCAUGUUACCAGAAGCAGGCAUGCCAUGUAUUCCGGUGUUCGAGGAUAACCAAGGGGCUAUUCAGUUGGCGCAAAACCCGAUAAGCAACAGUAACUCGAAGCACAUCGACGUAAGGCACCACUUUAUCAGGGAACUGGUAGGCAGGAAGGAGAUUUCGAUUUUUCACGUGGAAUCGGCGUAUCAACAUGCUGACUUUCUCACGAAAGCACUUCACGCGGGAGAUUUUGAGUUUCAUCGUAACUACGUGAUGAGUAUGGAUUAAUAUCUUGGUGUUCGGGUUUAUUUUGUGUGUGAUCAAACAACUGGGGUGGCAACAUUUUACAUUUUUGCCUAUGGUUUUUCUCAAUGGAUGAUGUUCUAGGCUGGGGGGCAACAAGUUCACUGAAGUUCGAAGAAGUAUAACUGGUAUGAUCGGGGAUGGUUAUUGAUGUCUAGCCAAUGAGGCUAUUGUUCUAGAGUUGAGUGGAGUUUCUGAUUUUAUUUUCUUGUGUUUUGGAGUUAUUGAGGAUCGAAAAAGACAUGGCAUGGUCACAAGCAGGGGGGCUGAUAGAUAUACUUGUAGCAAUGCCAAGUGGUUGUAGGAUUGUGUGGUACGUGGAAUGUAUUUCCAGGAUGUGCAAGGUACCCCUGUUGUAUACUGCGUCGCCCCCUCAUGGUGGUGCGUGCACGCGUGCGUUCAGUUUAUGUAAGUUCAUGUGGGUUCAUGUGAGUUCAUGUGAAGAAGAAGUUUAUGCAACAAACCCUACACGUCUUUCCUCCUUGGCGCGAGCUCGCCGAGUUGCCGACACCCUAUUCAACACACGUCUUGCGACAAGCUACCCCCAGUUCGGAUCAUCCUAA